AUGUGCACAACAUUUGAAUUGACCACUCGACGCCCCGAACUUGGUUGGUCUUAUGUAGAAAUUACUAUUCAGCAAGACAUGCGCACAGCAAGCAUUGCAACCGAGACGAGGAACAGUGCCAAACCGCGGGGUACAACAUUCGGAAUAAUAGCUCACGAGCGUGGCGAGCUGCCCUUCAGUGCUUACGAUCGUAACAUCUACACCACUUUAGCACCAGAAAACGAAGUCUCCAUCUACUACUCCAAAUCUGUGACAAGACGAGCUAACACUGCAAGGAGCCCUUGUCACGAUGGGGCCGAUGCAGCCUGGCUUGCUGAAACCUUUGAAGAGACAGGUGAAAAUGGAACAUUCUGGGACUUUCUCGACCGUCGUCGGUUAAGUAUUAAGAAAAAACGCGCCUGGCCUACCAACAAUGUGCCAUAUUUACCUGACCACCAGGCCACCGACAUGCGCACCAAUGAACGGCGGCAACCGGCCACCCAGAGGAGUGCAAAAGCCGUUAGUCUUUUCAACACUGAGUUCCUUUAUAGCCGUGAGGCUUGUGGGUGGAAAGUGUGCUGCAUGAAGGUCGCUCUAGAGUGCGGAUGCACUUGUACCAUGGAUUGGCUCCUAUCUACGGCGACUGAAAAAUGUCCAAAUGAUCGGUGCGAACGUACGCAGUGCUCCGAUUCUCCUGUACUCUACGACCAGUGUCCAAUGCCAUGUGUGCUUUCAAAAUUUGUUAAACAGAACCUUCUUGUCAUUGAGCCACCAGAAUCGAAGCUGUCUGCAAACACCUCGAAGUUAAAACUCAUUAGAGCGGAAAACGUCCAAGUUGCUGCUGAAGAGGAGAUCUAUUCUUUGGCAAAAUUAUUUUCGGAAAUAGGUGGUCUCUGCUCCCUGUUUAUAGGAUUUUCAUGCAUCUUCAUAUUUGAGUUCCUCGAGGCAAUAUUACUUAUAAGGCGAGGAGGUAAAACGGCCAUUCAAAGACCCAAAGAGAAGCAGCUAACAGAUGAUUCCAUCACGCAUUACUGCUGUGCGUCGGAGGCCAAAAUGGCGGCAUUGACACAAACGGCACAAAGUCCCAGUCGGGAGCAGAGCCCGCCUCCGGUAAUGAGCAAUCAUUAUCUCGGACAGAACCAGCAAACAUCACUCCUUCCGUCAGGCGCACCAUUGUCGAUACCGCCACCGGAGGAGGGUGUGACGCUGCCGGUCAUUCUUCGCUCUGGUAUGAUAUUCACUAAUCAUCGCAAUGGCAUGGAAAGACUUACGGCGGCAGAGAUGAGUGGCAUGAAGGAGAACUCCUACCUUCUCGCUGAUUCACAAGGUUAG